UGUCUCCCUCUCCCUCUCGCUCCCUCUCUCUCUCCCUCUCUCUCUCUUUUGUGAGUUAUAGCAACCGUUGCCUUGUGAAUCAAGCGCCAUAGUCACCGUAGUCCUGGCGACUGUUACCCAUCAACAACAACUACUCCUCUCCUCCUCCUCCUCCUCUUCCUCCUCCUCCUCCCCACCACCACCAUCUCCAUCACCCACCAACAACACCACAAUAAUCCACAGCCAAGGCCACUUGGUCAUUCUGGCAUUUUAUGGUAGAGAAUACAUUGAGUUUGGCUCAUGGAAAGAAUAUGAGAGACCAUCAUGCAGACAUCAGAGACCGGGUCGGACACAGGUUCGACAGUGACUUUACAGACAUCUGUGGCUAGUCAAGCAGCAGUGCCUACACAGGUGGUACAGCAAGUACCAGUACAACAACAGGUGCAGCAGGUACAGACUGUGCAGCAGGUACAGCAUGUCUAUCCAGCUCAGGUGCAGUACGUGGAAGGAAGCGACACUGUCUAUACCAAUGGAGCAAUCCGAACAACAACUUAUCCUUACACAGAAACGCAGAUGUACAGCCAAAACACUGGAGGGAAUUACUUUGAUACUCAAGGGAGUUCUGCACAGGUGACUACCGUGGUCUCAUCCCACAGUAUGGUGGGCACUGGUGGGAUUCAGAUGGGCGUCACGGGAGGACAACUCAUCAGCAGCUCUGGAGGAACCUAUCUGAUUGGCAAUUCAAUGGAGAAUUCUGGUCACUCAGUGACACAUACCACUCGGGCUUCCCCAGCGACAAUUGAAAUGGCGAUUGAGACGCUGCAAAAGUCUGACGGUCUGUCCACUCACAGAAGCUCUCUUCUCAACAGCCAUCUCCAGUGGCUGUUGGACAAUUACGAGACAGCAGAAGGAGUGAGCCUUCCCAGAAGCACUCUUUACAACCACUACCUACGACACUGUCAGGAACACAAACUGGACCCAGUCAAUGCUGCUUCUUUUGGAAAACUUAUAAGGUCAAUUUUUAUGGGGCUACGAACCAGGAGAUUGGGAACCAGAGGAAACUCCAAGUACCAUUACUAUGGGAUUCGUGUCAAGCCAGAUUCCCCUCUUAAUCGUCUGCAAGAAGACAUGCAGUAUAUGGCUAUGAGACAACAACCCAUGCAACAGAAACAAAGGUACAAGCCUAUGCAGAAAGUGGAUGGGGUUGCAGAUGGUUUCACAGGAAGUGGUCAACAGACAGGCACAUCUGUUGAGCAAACUGUAAUUGCCCAAAGUCAACAUCAUCAACAGUUUUUAGAUGCAUCUCGAGCACUUCCAGAGUUUGGAGAAGUUGAAAUCUCUUCUCUGCCAGAUGGUACUACCUUUGAGGAUAUCAAGUCACUGCAGAGUCUUUAUCGAGAGCACUGUGAGGCAAUAUUGGACGUUGUUGUGAAUCUUCAAUUUAGCCUGAUAGAAAAAUUGUGGCAAACAUUCUGGCGCUAUUCUCCCUCUACUCCAACUGACGGCACUACCAUUACUGAAUCAAGCAAUCUGAGUGAAAUAGAAAGUCGACUUCCGAAAGCAAAGCUGAUAACUCUGUGCAAACAUGAGUCUAUCCUGAAAUGGAUGUGUAACUGUGACCAUGGGAUGUACCAGGCUUUGGUGGAGAUUCUCAUCCCCGACGUCCUUAGACCUAUUCCUAGUGCCUUGACCCAAGCCAUUCGAAAUUUUGCAAAAAGCCUUGAAGGUUGGCUUUCCAAUGCCAUGAACAAUAUUCCACAGAGAAUGAUACAAACCAAGGUUGCAGCUGUAAGUGCCUUUGCCCAGACUCUGCGAAGAUACACGUCGCUCAAUCACCUGGCCCAGGCAGCUCGUGCAGUGCUUCAGAACACUUCUCAGAUCAACCAGAUGCUCAAUGACCUCAACCGUGUCGACUUUGCCAAUGUCCAGGAGCAGGCUUCCUGGGUAUGUCAGUGUGAUGACAACAUGGUUCAGAGACUAGAAACAGACUUCAAGAUGACUCUUCAACAGCAGAGCACCCUGGAGCAGUGGGCUGCGUGGCUUGACAAUGUGAUGAUGCAAGCACUGAAACCCUACGAAGGAAGACCCAGUUUUCCUAAAGCUGCCAGGCAGUUUCUGCUAAAAUGGUCUUUCUACAGCUCAAUGGUUAUUCGGGACUUAACCCUCCGCAGUGCUGCUAGCUUUGGCUCCUUCCACCUGAUUCGUCUGCUCUACGACGAGUAUAUGUUCUACUUAGUAGAACAUCGUGUUGCUCAGGCAACAGGAGAGACACCCAUAGCGGUCAUGGGUGAGUUUGGUGAUUUAAAUGCUGUGUCUCCUGGAAAUCUGGAUAAAGAUGAAGGCAGUGAAGUGGAGAGUGAAAUGGAUGAGGAAUUAGAUGACUCUUCAGAACCUCAAGCCAAAAGAGAGAAAACCGAGCUGAACCAGGCAUUUCCGGUGGGCUGUAUGCAGCCUGUUCUCGAGAGUGGCGUGCAGCCAAGCCUCCUGAAUCCAAUUCACAGCGAGCACAUCGUCACGAGUACUCAGACUAUCAGACAGUGCAGCGCUACAGGAAAUACCUACACUGCAGUCUAAAGAAUAUUAAAGCGUAUUUUUCCAGCUAACAUUAACCCUGUUGAUAUUGGGCUUAAGUUGAAAUUUUAAUAAGCCUGAAGGUCAACUGUUGUCAAAUUCUCUGUGCUGAACAUUACCUUUUUGGAGUUGUGAAAUGGAAUGGGUGUAUGUAUUUUGCCAGGUCUUUUUUUUUUUUUUAAUGUAAACAAAUUAUUUGCUUCUUAAUAAUGAGUUUUUUUUUUCCUUAGUCUUGGGUGUCAAGAAGGAUUUUUACAACACUUAAUGUCAAUGUUUUUGUUUUCUUAUAAUUAAAAAAUAAUUUACAUUUUUUGUAGCUUAAAAUAUUUUAUUGUUGAUUGUUAGUCUUGGUGUAUGAUUUCAUGUGUAAGUUUUUAAUUAGAUGCACUUCUGUGAAAUAUCAAAAGAAAUGAUUUUCUUU